AUGUCUAAAACGUUCAGAUUGAAUAGUUAUCAAGCUCUAGGAAACUCACCUCUGAACAGGAACCCACUCUCCACCCCUGACACCAUUACCCACUGCUGCUCCCCUUGCUGCCAGCCUAUGACUUGCUGCAGGGCCGCCUGCUGCCAACCCAUCUGCUGCAUGUCCAGCUGCUGCCAGUCUUGCUGCUGCCCCAGUUGCUGCAAUACAUCCUGCUGUCGACCUAGCUGCUGUACACCUUGCUGUGGAUCCAGAUGCUGCCAGCCCUCCUGCUGCCCAGCCUGCUGUGUGACCACCUGCUGCAGGACCACCUGCUGCCAACCAGCCUGUGUGACCAGCUGCUGUAGCACACCCUGCUGCCAGCUCACCUACUGCAGCUCCAGCUGUUAUGGCCAAACUGACAGUGGGUCCAGCUGCUACCAACCCAGCUCCUGUGCACCCAUGUACUGCAGGAGAACCUGCUACCAGCCCAUGUGUGCCUUCCUGCCUGGUUGCCUAGACCAGACCUGUGGAUCCAGCUGCUGCCAGCCCUGCUGCCGCUCAGCCUGCUGUGUGUCUAGGGACUGCCAGCCCAAUAGUUAUUGA